AUGUCGCACCAUGCACAAGUCGAGGAGGUCUCCGAUUCGGACCCCGAGGAGAUUGCCCCCGAUGAUUCUUUCGCACAAGACUCAAUCAUUGCUCCUGCAGCAGUACCGGCCUCUGGCCCCUCCAAACCCACACCAUCACCAGCUUCCAUGCCCACUCCCAUGCCCGAGCCCCAGCGCGAGAUCCCACGCCACUUCCAAUGCCUGUACCCGGUUUACUUCGAUAAGACCCGCUCACGUGCCGAGGGCCGCAAGGUGGGCUCAGAGCUGGCGGUCGAAAACCCGCUCGCUCGUGAGAUCGCCGACGCUGUCCAGUUGCUCGGCUUCAAGGUGGGCUUGGAACCAGAGAAGCUCCAUCCCAAGGAUUGGGCGAAUCCCGGGCGGGUGCGCGUGCUGCUGAAGAACGAAGAUGGCAAAUUGGUAAAUCCGAAGAUCAAGAACAGUGCGUCAGUCCCCGUACCGCCUCCGUAUCCGCGGUCUCCCCACCCCCGACAAGCUCCCCUCUGCCCCCCUGCUCCGCGCGGAUGGAAGAUUGGCACGAUUCUGCCGAUCCACUCGCCUGCCUACAGCGGUGGUGGAGUGACGGACAACCCGUUCAAAGAGGCUAUGGCCGAGAUGCAGGGCAUGCCUGGAAUGCCUUCGAUCCCCGGUAUGCCUGAAAUGCCUGGGAUGCCAGGUCUGUCGGGCGAACCUUCAGGGUCUGGAGCUGAGAAGAAAAAGAAAGACAAGAAGAAGGGCAAGGCAUGA